GCCCUGAAUGAGAAUGAACGUGGGACUUGGGCGCGGGGAAAGCACAGGCGAGCAGCAUAGAGUACCGUUUGCGUUGAAGGAAUAUGUAAGAAGGGAGUGAGAAGAGGGGCGCCUGGCAAGACGGUGAGCCUUCUGGGAAGGAGGAUGCUCGAGGAAGGCAGUGGGUGAAGAAGGGAGAAAGCUAGGGAGGAAGCAAGGUGAAAGCUGAGUCCACAGACGGGUAGCAAUGGAAACCCCUUCAGAUCCAUGGAAGCCAAGGAAGUGCCUGCUCCCCACCACUGCACCGCAGACUCUGCCACUGGGGAUGAGCCCAGAGCCCUCCCGGGCACAGAGCUUAUCCCCAGGAGAGCUGUCAGUCGCUCUCCAACCUGCGCCCGCUGCCGAAACCACGGCGUCACUGCGCACCUCAAGGGCCACAAGCGCCUGUGCCUCUUUCAGACUUGCGAGUGUCACAAAUGUGUCCUCAUCUUGGAGCGCCGAAGGGUCAUGGCUGCCCAGGUGGCCUUGCGUAGGCAACAGGAGGCACAGCUAAAGAGGCACCUGGCUCAGGGACUCAUGAGGAGAGGGGCGGCCCCUCCUAAAGCUCCUAGCCGUGCCAAGAAGGGAGCCACUCGACCAGGGGUCCCCUCUGGAAAGGAGAACAUAGCACCCCAGCCUCAGACGCCCCAUGGGGCAGUCCCACUGGCACUGACACCCCCUGGGAAGGAUAACUCCCAGGGGCCUCUGCUGCUCAGCCGUCCCCCAGAAGCCUUGCCUUUGUCCUGGACUCCAAUGCCCCCAGGCCCUUGGGCUCCUGGACACUGGCUUCCUCCAGGCCUUUCCAUGCCACCCCCAGUGGUGUACCGCUUGCUAUGCCAAGAGCCUACUGUCCCUCUGCAUCCCUUUUCUGACUUUGACCCUGGCACUUCCCUCCGGCUGCCCACUCAUGGACCCCGCCCAACCUGCCCAGGAUCUUGCCCAAUACUGAUGGCUCCUCUUUCCAGAGAAUCCCAAGGGCCCUCUGCCUUGCCCCGCACAUGCUCGACUCUGAUACUCCAGCCCUGUGGCACCCCAGACCCUCUUCUGCUGCAGCCACAGGUCCUGGGACCAAAGUGGGAUCCAGGACCCUGGGAGGAAGUUGAGCCAGGGGAAGGAAACAUGGGGGCGCCUGCAGCCUCUCGCCUAGCCUGGACCUCUGCCCCCUCAGAGCGGCAGCUGCAGCGGGAGGCAGCUGAGGCUCUUGUGGGUCUGAAAGAUUCUUCCCAGGCUCCCCGCCUGACCUCUUCUGUUCCUCCCAACCCUGCCUGGAUCUCCCUGCUCCACCCCUGUGGCCCACCAGCUCCUGCUGGAGGAAGAGGAUUCCAGCCUGUUGGCCCCUCUCUCCGCCCCAGCCCAGCCCCCUCCGUAGCUCUGCAUAUUGGGCAUCUGGGCUCCAUCUCCCUCCUAAGCUAGAAGCCCAGAGGUUGAGACCUCACUUGAGCAAGGGGCAAGAGCCUGCAGUCACCGCAUAUUUGGUAUUUUGCCUCUGGAUUUAUGCAUGGAAUAUAAUAUAGUGCGAGCUUCCGGCUUUUUUUUUUUUUUUUAAGCUUUAUUGUGCUUUGUUAGCUUUUGGUUCCUUUUGUAGUGUGGGUAUUUCCUUGACUGAAAGUGGAUAUCCUCUUACCCACUUGGGUCCGGGGACCUUUUUAAAUACCCAACAAAGUGAGAGUUAUGCAAUUUAAGCUAACAAGUAUCUAAAUAGGUUUUUGCAUGAGUUCAUGUUCCAGAAUAUUUGACAUGUGAUUCUGUACGUACUUGUGCACUUAUGUCUGUCUCCAUGCGUGCAAAAACAGGAGGGUAUUUUCAUUUUGUGUCUACGUUUGGCUGAGUAACCGAAAAAUAAACCUUUGUUGUUUUACGCCA